CAGGACGCACGUAUCGAUUCCAGUUAAAUCCGCCCUCAUUCGAAUGAGGAAAUGCACUUAAGUUAAUGUGAACGUCUGGAAGUCUGGCGCUGGGGGUGGAUCGUGAUUUUAAUGGCGAUUAUGAAGAUCGAGUGAGAUUAUGGACGGAAAGCAGGAAAACAGUUGGUUCAAGAAGAUAUUUACUGUUUUUAUUAUUAUUGUGGUGACUCUGGCUGCUCCUGCCCGUCCAUCGCCGGAGCUUCUCCAUGAAGAAUCAGGUGAAGAGUUCUGUCCAGAGGAUGAGUACAGGAGCAGAAAGGGCCACUGCUGUAACAAAUGCCAUGCAGGUUUCAGGCUGGAACAGGAAUGUGAAAGCAGUCACCUCAAAAGCAUUUGCAAGCCAUGUCCGAAGGAUUAUUACAUGGAGAACAGCAACAAUGCUAAAAACUGCUUUCGAUGCAACACUUGCAAAUCCAACGAAAGGAUGCAGUCAGAAUGCAAACCCAAAGAAAACCGGAAAUGUGUCUGCAAUGACGGAUAUUUUAAGCAGUCUAUUUCUAAAUUCACCUGGCAAUGUCUGAAAUGUACUACCUGCGGUGAGGGCGAGGAGCAACGCAUCCCAUGUUCAGGGUCCACUAACAGAGAAUGUGACUGUAAGGAGAAGUUUUAUCGCAACAGCAACAAGAUAUGUGAAGAAUGCAAAAAGUGCAACAGUGACCAGAAAUGCAACCACCUAUGCCGAAAAAGUGACACAGACUGGCAGCUGGCGUUCGUGGUGGUGAUAGCCGUGAUGAGUGUGCUCAUUUUAAUUACAGUCUACAUGUUUAUUCAAAAGAGGCGUUCCUGUCACAAACAAGAGAUUGUAGUCAGUCCGGUAUCUUCUGACAGCGAAACAUCCAAGAAUUUACUGUCCUACGUAAGUGAAGAUGAGAAAACAGUGAAAGAUCCAGCCCUGAUCCCCCUGCCCAAACAUGAGCCCCCGGUUUGGCAGGAUCCCAGUGGGCAGGAAGAGCUUCCCGACUGCAUCCCUCGUGUAUUCAAGACCUGCCACUUCAUCUACUUCCUGCUGCAGCACGUCCCGGCCAGCCGCUUCAAGGAGCUGGUUCGCUCCCUGGGUGUGUCUGAGAGGGACAUCGAGUGGGCAGAGAGGGAUAAUCACACCUGCAAAGAGGCCCAGUUCCAGAUGCUCAAAGUGUGGUGUGACAGCAGCAGGGGGGACGAGGUGGAGACCCUCUCCAAGGCACGGCUGCUGGAGAUGACAGAGACACUGAGGGGCAUGGGACUGAUGGCGGGUGCGGAGGCCAUUGAGGCCAACUUUCAAAUCCUUUAGAGACGUGUAAGUGUGUAAACACACACGUAUACAAGAAUGCGGACACAGACAGACAGAAAUACACAAGUAUCGGGACUUUUUCUUACAGCUUACGUGGGAGACACGUUGGUUGGAAUUACCUAAGAAGUGUCACAUCUUGCUGAACUCGCCUGGUGUCCACCAGGGGCGCUGUGGCCCUCCAGCUGGGAGCCCCUGCUGCAGAAACCCAGCAGUGCUUUUCAGCCCUGUACAUUCUAAACCAGGCUGAGGUGCUUACGUUACUUGCCUGUCCCUCCUUCACUCGUGCCACCUCACCCGGGCUUCUCGAUUCUGUGCUGUCACUUGCCCAGUGACGGCAUAUCAGCUCACGUGACCCAGAAACUAUCAGAACUGGACUGAAGAGCUCUGGACUGUUGCUACAUGUGGCGGGUGGAUGCCAUGUCUGGUGCUUUCCCAUCAUCAAUUCUGCUUCCUCUGUGAUGUCCCCCUCCCCACAUGUGUACCUCCCUGUGUCUGACUGUAUGGCAUUCAGCAAGGUGAUCUCAUCUAUAAUUUCGAAGCACCGCAGCCUCAUGUUUUGUGAACUGAAAACACGGCCAGUUUGAGGUCGGCCAGUAGUUUCGCUUUCCAGGCUUUGACAAGGUUUAGCCAGUUGGAUAUCAGCUCCAUUGUGUUGCUUGAAACCCCCCCCCCCCCCCAUGCAUCAUAACAAGAUGACAGGUGAUCAAUGAGGUACCUGAGAAGUGGCACAUUGGUGCCCCCUGCAGCAUAUUUCCUAAACCUGAAUAAUAUGAUAUUAAUGUCAUAUUGGGUGUAAAUGCCAGCAGAGGGACAUGAACACCACACUAAUGCAGAAUAUUUUCUUUUUAUCUCCAUUCCAAUUGAGCGAUUCAGCUUCAUAAAAAAUCAGUGUAAUAGCAACUCAUAAUUUCACAUUUUUAAUGUAACAAAUAUAAUAUUUGCUUUAAGAAGCAGACCCUCAAACUCACAUUUCAGGGCAUAACAGUUAAUUUCCACAACAUUUAUGAACAACGCUUGCAUUUUUCACUUGAUGCAUUCAAUAUCCACAUUUUGCAACACACAAACUUUAUCUACAAGCAUUAUCUACAUUUUUACCAAAGCUAUUUUAAGCAAGGGUGCCACGGUGAUUCAUCAAUUUCCAGAGCAGAAACCCUAUGUUAGUGAUUGCAUAAUCAAUUUUAAACUUCUGUUCUUUUCUGCAUUGAAUUUCUAUACAUUUCUUAUGAAUACGUCUUGUCAUGAGAAUACAAGUCUUCAGAAACAAAA